GUGGCCCCCGCUGCGGGGCGUGCUGAGGGUGAGUGGCUAGUAUGGUCCAGAGAGCCUGGCGCGCGGGUUGGGGGACUCUACCCAGCCUCGGGGUUCCGGCUCUGCGGAGGCGCUCAGAUUACGAGGUUCCUGCAAGUUAUUUACUGGUCAAGAUUUCAAGCUAAAGAUGAAAUUGAUAAAUAGCCUAAGAGCCAUCCUUCAAGUGGGCCCAUGCAGACCCCAGUGGAGAAGAUUCCAGAUUCCGAGGUACAUGCCAGUAAGGCCCUGCAGCCUCUACACCUGCACUUACAAAACCCGGAACCGAGCCUUGCACCCACUCUGGGAGAGUGUGGACCUGGUCCCAGGGGGUGAUCGCCAGUCACCCAUCAACAUCCGGUGGAGGGACAGUGUCUACGACCCUGGCUUGAAACCACUCACCAUCUCUUACGACCCGACCACCUGCCUCCACAUCUGGAAUAACGGAUACUCUUUCCUCGUGGAAUUUGAAGACUCUACGGAUAAAUCAGUGAUCGAGGGAGGGCCCCUGGACCACCACUACCGGCUGAAGCAGUUCCACUUCCACUGGGGAGCCAUCGAUGCGUGGGGCUCAGAGCACACCGUGGACAGCAAGUGCUACCCAGCAGAGUUGCACCUGGUGCAUUGGAAUGCAGCCAAAUUUGAAAACUUUGAAGAUGCAGCACUGGAAGAAAAUGGUCUGGCUGUGAUCGGGGUAUUUUUAAAGCUAGGCAAACAUCAUAAAGAGCUACAGAAAUUGGUCGAGACUUUGCCGUCCAUUAAGCACAAGGAUACCCUUGUGGAGUUUGGGUCAUUUGACCCUUCUUGCCUGAUGCCCAGGUGCACAGACUACUGGACCUACUCGGGGUCCCUCACGACCCCGCCACUCUCUGAGUCCGUCACCUGGAUCAUUAAGAAGCAGCCAGUAGAGGUGGAUCAUGAUCAGCUUGAGCAGUUUCGGACUCUGCUUUUCACUUCUGAGGGGGAGAAAGAGAAAAGAAUGGUGGACAACUUCCGCCCCCUUCAGCCUCUAAUGAAUCGCACGGUCCGCUCGUCCUUCCGGCAUGAUUAUGUACUCAAUAUACAAGCAAAAUCCAAGCCUUCCGCCAGCCAAACCACCCCCUAAGAGGCUCAUAGUAGGCAGUGUUUGUUUCGGUACAUACUGACUAUCCACACUUAUGUUAAGCAGACUACUCUAAAGGCCUGUAUUUAGUAAUUUACAGAUGUGCUUUGCUUGGUCCAGCAGUGCUCCCUCGGUCUGAGGUGAGCUUUAGGAUAGACAAAUUCUUACUUUACUGAUAAUGGUGUUCAUUACCGAAGUCCCAGCAAGAGACCCAGGCUUCUCUAGCAGCCCAUUGGUAAUUGCAAUGUCUUUUUAUGCCUGAUGUUUUUGAGUUAUAUUUUUAUGUGUAUCAUUUAAUGGUUCUAUAGAGUAGGGACAAUGACCAAAAUAAUUAACGGACCAAUCAUCCAGAUCACAAGCCUUUCAGAAAUGGCCUUGGGGCCCAGCUUGGUGCUUCUUGGCUAAACACUGGCCCUGGCUUUAGAUGUAUUGAUUUCAGUACAUGAAUGUGUAUUCUUCUUAAAUCCUCCUCAUGAGAGUCGGUGCCCCAUCAUCAGUUGCCAUUAGUAGUAGAUAUCAUUAUCAAUUUCUGAUAUAGAAAAAAAAAAAAAAACACGUUGUACCAGGAAAAACAAUACCUGGAAGUGCUUUUGCAUUUCUGAAGGUCAGAUAUUUUACAUUAAAGACUGAUCAUAUAGAAAGCAUGGAACAUUUUAAAGAAUAUGCUUGAAGUGCCUAGAACUUAAAAUCCUUUCAUAAUAAUAUUUAGAGAUAUAUUUCAAGAGACUAGUAAUAUAUAACUUGAUAAUUUAUAGUAUUAUUUGCACAUUGUUUCAUAGAAUGUACUUUCCACAAUGACAGACCUAUCUUGGCUCCUCUUUAAAAUUGCUGAACUUUUAUUAUUUUAAUUGAGGCAGGUGAUAUAUAUAUAUAUAUUUACCAGAGCACUUCUCAGCUCUGGCUUAUGGUGGUCAGGGGAUUGAAUCAGGGGCCUGGGAACCUCAGGCAUGAGAAUCUGUUUGUAUAACCAUAUGCUAUCUCCCUCACCCUCUCUCUCAUUUUUUUUCUUUUUUUAAAUUUCUUUAUUGGGGAAUUAAUGUUUUACAUUCAACAGUAAAUAUAAUAGUUUGUACAUGCAUAAAAUUUCCCAGUUUUCCACAUAACAAUACAACCCCCACUAGGUCCCCUGUCAUCCUUCUUGGACCAGUAUUCUCCCCCCACUCACCCACCCCAGAGUCUCUUACUUUGGUUCAAUCUAUCUCUCAUUUUUAUAAUGGUUUAGAAGGUGUUUGCUACAGUAAGUGGGAGAGAGACUUGUCAGAGUAGGUGGAAAUCUAGAUAAUUCUCCCUAUUCAGGGGAAUGUCAGCCACUGUUGUCUAGCUUGUCAGCCACUGUUGUUCUAGCUUGUAAGUAUCCACUUUGAAACAUUUCUAAUCACCUAUAAGCCCGUGUUCAGACUCAAUAUUGCAUUAACUAGUAGUAUUUUUCUCAUGAAUAUGCUAGUCACUUAGUAGUUUGCAAGAGAGGGCUGGGUGAAUUAACAUUACUGAACUGUACGCUAGAAAGGAUUAGGAGGAUCGUCAACUUUGUAUUACAGGUUUUCCUUGCUAUCUGAAAGCAGAACACUGCUAUUUGGUAGGAUUUAGCAGGUCAUAAGUCAACGGUAACAUUGCUUUCAGAGCCUCCAAAUAACCUACCAAAUCAUACCAAAUAGGAACAUUCUACUUUCACACAACAGGGGAGAACCUGUAUUAUCUUUUGCACAUUUGAAAUUAAUUAAACUUAGUAGGAAUUUAAAAAAAGAGACAGGGUUGGAAUUGAAUUUAAAGUUGGGGUGGUGAUCUCUAUUCUAAAAGGGGGAAGUAGAAGUAUUAGCUUUGAAAGUGCAUGCCCUUCUCUGGAAAAGGAAUGCAUGCACACACUAAGAAAUGAGGGAAAUUCUUCAAAAUGUACAUGAGAAGGGUAGUAUAUGUUAACUUUAUGUAAGUGAUCUGCUUCAAGCUACACUUCUCUUGAAAAGCUUGCAUAGAUGACCCCAGGUCAUGCAGGUUUCCCCUCCCACAUCUUUUAGGAACUCUUGAGUGCAAAGUCUAGUUCAGCGUGUCUUCAUGAGAACCUCUAUGUAGAGUUCCUGGUUACCCUUCUAUCUUUGAGACGCAUCCACAGGGUCUUUACGUUCAGGUUCCCCACUCCUGCUUUUUUAUAUCCAGUUGCUCUGAUGUAAUCAUUAACAGCACUUCUUUCAUUCUUCAACCAUGUUCUGGUUUACAUGAUAAAUUCUCAAGUCACCCUUCCUGUAGAGGUUAUGGAAACUGCCUUGAGGGUUUUCUCAGUGACUUAGUCAUAUGAUUAAGAGUUACCACAGAUUCCCUGUGGAUUGAUAUACACCAGCAAGGACACAUUUUGUGUCUUUUCUGCCUCUCCAAGUGUCUUACGUGCACCUUCCUAGGCACUAAGGGGGAAGUACAGUUGAGAUCUGCCAAAGGGCUUGAGAAAAAAAAAUUGUAUUAAAAUUCCUGCUCAUCAAAUAAUGAUACUAAGAUUAAUAAAAUGCUUUCUUUACAA